CAGUUCAGUACUGCGAACGCGCAGUUCACCACAGUUGUUUCAGUUGCGCAGUGUUGUGAGUGUCAGAAGUUUAAAUUUAGAAUGAAAAUGAUUCGAAGUGAGCAUCUAUAGAAAAACAGAAAGCCAAUGUUCCCAAUUUUUGGUUACUAAAAAAUACAAUAUUCAAUUUAGUCCCCUAAUUUGUUUUCUACGAGCAGCGACAACCGUUACGCUAUAAACAAUAUAACAAUUAAAACUUUGGAGAAUACAUGCUGUUAACAAUUUACAAAAUACUAUAUUAACGAAAGAGUGAUAAAUAUAGACUGAGUGCCUCGCAACAACCUCUUAUGAAAAUCAAAACGAAGAUUUGACCAAGUUGACAAAAAAAAGCAUUGCGUUCUGUUCAGUAAUGGAUUCUGUUUAUCCCGAACCGAUGUCGUUAUUGCGUAGACGUGUUGUACCGAAAAAGCGCAAGGGCACAGCUAGCAGAUACAGAACUCAACCCGUGACAUUCCUUGAGAUUCAGGCAAUCGACGAGGAGAACCUGGAAGAACCGAGCGAGCCCACAACGUCUCGCUCAGAACUAAGUAUUCUAAAUAGCAAAUUCGAUGAAUUUCGACGCUCCCGAGAUUUAAUAUUAAACACUUGUGAUAGUAAUCAAGAUAAUUCGGCACAAAAUGUGUCGGCAAUGAACACAUCCAAGGUGUUGAAUGUGACUAAACAAAACAGACCAUCCAUUUAAAUAUUUAAAUUGUAUCUCAAAGUCAAACAUUAUCUAUUUACAAGUUAUCUAUAAAAUAUGUGUUUUCAGUAUGUAUAUGUAAAAAGUAAAGUGCUUUAUUUUUGUAUUGAUGCGAUGAAUAUUGAAAAUAAAGUUGAAUAGAAUUCAUUA